UUUAUUAUUUAAAAAAUGAAAAUAUUUUUUUGUUUAGUUUCUUUGUUGUUUAAUUUUUUAAUAAAAUUUAGUAAAAGUGAAAAUGACGAACAAAGACUCUCAAUUGGAAUUCCUGUGAUGAAAAUUACUGAUGAAAAUCUAUUAAAACAUAAACCGGAGCUUCGAGGUAAAAGCUACAUUGCUGCUUCAUAUGUAAAGUUUGUUGAGUUAGCAGGAUCCAGGGCUGUUGCAAUAACCCCAAAUCUCUCAGAUAAUCAAUUAAACACUAUAUUCAACUCUAUUAAUGGCUUACUGUUUCCCGGAGGAAACGUGAAUUUGGUGGAUUCUAAGUAUUAUUAUUUAACUAAGAGGUUAGCUGAAAUGGCAUCAAAGUUAAAUGAUGAGGGGAUACACUUUCCUAUUCUUGGAAUAUGUCGAGGAAUGCAAGCAUUAGUUAAGCAUUCAAAAGAACUAAUGGUACCUACAGACUCACAAAAUUUUACUUCUAGUUUAAAAUGGCAUAAGGAGAGUCCAUUAUUUAGGAAUUCAUUUUAUUUGAUAAAAAAAGAUACUGAGUUAUACAACAUUACUUCACAUUUUCACCAGUAUAGUUUCUUACCAACAAUAAGCAUUAAUACAACUUUUGAUGUAAUUGCAACAAGUAUAGACAGAAAAGGAAAAGAAUUUGUUUCAAUUAUUCAAGAUCGUACAUUGCCGUUUUACGGAGUUCAAUUCCACCCUGAAAAAAUUUUGUUUGAAUGGGCUCCGACGAUUGCUAUUCCUCAUAACUCAAAAGCUGUACGGUUCUCUCAGAGUAUUGCCAAUGGUUUUAUGGAUGAAGCCCGCAAGAACAAUCAUAGUUUUAAAAGCUACUUAGAUGAAAAUAAUUUCACCUUAGUCAGACAAAAUCCAAUAUACAUCGGAGAUUUUUUAGAUAGCCAUAGUCCAUUUGUUCAAAUUUAUACAUUUCCCUAAACAAAAAAAGCUAUUCAAGUAAUGUAGUUUAUUUUUACUUUUUUUAACAAUAGACUUUAA